CGAAUACGGAUCGAUAGCUUUUAUUUGACUCUCUUUUGCUAAUUAUUCGUUGAAAUUUCUCUUUAUUUGUUUUAGAUGUCGGAAAAGGAGCUGAAAUUCGAUUCAAGCGACCCUCCUGCUUACAACCAUGCUAAUGUUUACAAUGUUGACCUUGAGAAGGGACUUCCUUUGUAUACACCAAAAGACAUAAACAAAACUUCCAAUUCAACUUCUGUCAAAGCCAAACAAAGCAAAAAAACGAUAAUUACUGAAUUUGAUAGCUUCAAUGAUUUCUUUACCGACUUUAGGAAGAAGACAGAUCAUUAUUUCCCUGAAAAUGUAGUCGUUAAAAGUAAGUCGAUGUUUUUCUUUUUGAUAUUGGGUUUAUCAUUCCUUUGUACAUUAGCAAUCUCCUAUCGUUUCGAACUAUUUUCUUUUCUGAAACAAGUAUAUAUGGAAAAUGGAUACAGUUUGGCCCUUCUUGGACCUUUAGGCAUUUGGCUUGUGAUAUGGGCAAUAUUCUUUGCUCUUUUCUAUGCACUUAUUUGGCCUUUCAUAUUGACAAUACGGAUUGCCGCUAAAGUUAUAAUCUUUAUCGUGGUUGGUCUUGGUGAAGUGCUUGGAUGGUUCGUUGGUGCUAUCUUUUGGGGAAUUUAUAACAUUACUGUUUUUGGCCUUGGAAUGAAAUUUGAGAGCUCAGCUGAAAACACCGGUUCGCCUACGCUUCCCAGAUAUCAACAAAGGGAUGAUGCACUAGCUCCUCCGCCGACAACUACGAACGAAGAAAUAGAGCUGCAAAGCAAUCCUACAACUCAAAGUUAAUGCUAAUUUGUUUACCUUUCUUUUCUCAUGAGUCUUAACUCUUCCGAUCGAAAGUCACUAAGUGGAAAAAGAUAACAUUACAAGCAAUUUGUUCGGAUAAGUAUUUAUUUAUAUCCCUUUGCUAAGCGUUCUUGUGUUUAAUUUUGACUACGGACUCAUCCUUGUACCAACAUGAAUUGGAAAUGGCGAAG